AUGAGUCAUCCCUGUGUGUCUCUUUUCGCUCCACCUGCUCCCCAAGGUCUUGCCCUUCCCCAACAUGGAGCCCCAGGAAACCAGGUCCUGGCAGUCCCUCUUGAGAUGCCGGAGGCCAAGGAUUUGGUGUCAUUUGAUAUUGUACCGUGGCACCUCACAGAACUGGAGUGGCUGCGUGUGAGUCUGAGCCCGGAGCAGCAGGCACUGACAUAUUCCAGGGCUGUAACCUCCAAUGGAGUGCCUGUUGUGAGUCCUGCUUUGGUAUCUCACCUAUCACAAGGACAAGUUCUGUUGGUAUCAGAUCCAUCCCUCAGCACAGAUCACAGUAAGCACUCUGAAAAUCCCUCUGUGACCUCCCACCAGAAGAUGGGUGAAGAAGCUCAGCUGGAAGAGAUGGCAUCCACGAGCUCCCCGAGGGCCAAUGACCCCAACACUGAGGUCAAACAGAAUGGGGACUCUGGGGGAAGGGGAGGGAGCCCACAAAAUAUGCCCAUAGAACACCAUUUUGCAUGUAAAGAGUGUGGGGACACCUUCCGCCUUAAAGUGCUACUUGUUCAGCACCAGAGGGUUCACAGUGAGAAGGGAUGGGAAUGUGGUGAUUGCAGGAAGGUCUAGUCAGAAGACAAUGAGCACAGGAAGAGCCAUGCAGCUGUGGCUGCUCAGUCCCAGCCUGGCCCCAGUUGGGCUCUGGAAGAUGCCUUGGAAAAGAGGGAGCAAAUGGAGAGGGAGGCGAAGCCCUUUGAGUGUGAGGAGUGCGGGAAAAGGUUUAAGAAGAAUGCAGGCCUUAGUCAGCACCUAAGGGUGCACAGCAGAGAGAAGCCCUUUGAUUGUGAGGAGUGUGGGCAGUCCUUCAAAGCCAACACCCACCUCUUUCGACAUCAGAAGCUUCACACUUCGGAAAAGCCCUUUGCGUGCAAGGCGUGCAGCAGGGAUUUCCUGGACCGCCAGGAACUUCUCAAGCACCAGAGGAUGCACACAGGCCACCUGCCCUUCGACUGCGAAGACUGCGGCAAGUCCUUCCGUGGUGUCAACGGCCUGGCAGAGCACCAGCGCAUCCACAGCGGCGCCAAACCCUAUGGCUGUCCUCACUGCGGCAAGCUGUUCCGGAGGAGCUCAGAGCUCACCAAGCACCAGAGGAUCCACACGGGUGAGAAGCCCUAUGAGUGCAGCCAGUGUGGCAAGGCCUUCCGCCAGAGCUCCAGCCUGCUGGAGCAUACUCGAAUUCAUAGUGGUGAGAGGCCUUAUGCAUGUGGUGAGUGUAGCAAGGCAUUCAGGGGGCCUUCUGACCUCAUCAAGCACCGGCGCAUCCACAGUGGACUGAAACCCUAUGAGUGUGACAAGUGUGGCAAGGCCUUCCGGAGGAGCUCAGGCCUGAGUCGCCAUAGGCAGAUCCACAGUGGGUCAAGGCACUGUGAGUGCAGUGAGUGUGGUCGUGUGUUCAAAAGGCACUCAGCACUCCAGAAGCACCAGCCCUCCCACCAAAAGUAG